AUGGCGGACAGAUCGUUCAUCAUCCGUGUUGAGUUCGACAAAUUCCCAAUAACGGGGAACACUUGGAUUGUUGUCGCCGGUCUAAAUGCCGGAAGCGCCAUCUUCCAAGGGGGUUGGGGUAGAUUCCUUCUUGGUAAUGGAGUAAACGUGGGAGACACCAUUUUGUUCGAUCAUGUUGGUUUGCAUAUAUUCAAUGUUUUUAUUUUUGAUGACAAAGGAAACAUAAAAUCCGCUCCUGCUAAAGGUGAUCUACCUCCUUAUGCAGAUGAACAUGUUUAUUUACACGAUGAAUAUGCUGAGUUUGUACCAGCCAUGACGAACAACGACGAUGUACAACAAAUGACGGCAGUAUUUCGCGGACCAGAAUGGAGCGAGCAGGACGUGUUGGUGUGUUACAAACUCUUCUUUGAAAAGGCUCUCGCAUUGAACGAAAUUCACAGGCCCUCGGUGUUCAACUCAAUAUGGACUCCACUGGCGCGAGAUCUGUCACAAUUAUUGGGUAGAUCUGUUGAAAACCGGGCUGUUAGAGAACAAAUACAGCGGCUAAGGAACCACUACAACCUUUUCAGGAAGUUUCUACAGAGAACGCGCUCAAAAGUCCAUUCGGAAAGUGGCGAGGUUAGGGUGAACAAAUUCUAUUCGUUAUACGUGUGGCCCGAGGAAAAUCCUAUCGAACGAUUUCUCCGAACAACUGGCUUCAAGUGGCACGACAAAUGCAUGCUGGUAUUUGAAAUGAGAGAAGCGGCUAUUUGUUUCAACGAUGCUAUUCAGGCAAUUUUUGAUGUUCCGAGUGAUGUUGAAUCUUCAUCUGAUGUUUGAAAUGACUUGGUAGGAGGUGGAUCAUGUUGUGGGGUUCUUCUGGUUAUGUAGUCUAUGUGUUUUUUAUUUUUCUUUCUCAUCGAAAUGUGCGUUGUUCAUUUUGGCAGAUGG